AUGCCUCCCACCACUCGCAGCAAAGGUGUCAGAGUGAAGGCGUGUCUGCCAGAGCACCCGUUUGCGAAUGAUGAGUACUACAGACUUCUUGCCUUUGUGAAACAGAGCAUCAACGACAUCAUCAACAACCCCAACAACGACAUUGAAAACAGAAUCUACAACGGCAUCCCCCACGGCAUCGUCGAAGAACUAUUAUUCUUCCAACUACACUUCGAGCAUAACAUUUUCCCAAACAUCAACAGCGCCUUGUAUCCGACCUACAAACAGGUUAAAGCUAAACUUUGCACGGAGUGGAAUAGACGGUAUGCUCAGACCUAUGGCGGCAGAGUCGGCUUACUCUACAGGUAUGGACUUGAAGCUCUGGUAUUGAAUGCGGAUGAGAUGGCAAAAAUCGAGAGCUUUUACAAAGACAUCACAAGUCAAAGAACAAAUGAUGGUGUAACACCAUCUUCGACAGAGGAAACUAUAGAAGCACCUGGUAUCGCACAGCCCACUGCAAUCACAGCACCACCGACAUUGACGCAGGAAACCACAGAAGCUGGUGUUCCUCAGCCCACUGCAAUCAUAGCAUCACCUACUACGGUCAUCCCACAAAGGCCAUCAAUCGCCCAAGCUCCAACCAAGAGCGAGACCAAGUCCAAGGCCAGACUCAAAUUGAAAAACAAGAAAGCCCGUCCCAAGGCCACAGCGCCCAAAUUAAAAAGCGAGAAUAGCAAUCUCAAGAUCGCCCGUCGUAAGAACAGAAAUCUGGAUGUCGGAAACCAGAACAACCAUGUCAAGAGCGCAAUGAACAGGCCCAGGAGAAACUCUUCGAACCCCGUUGAUCAUGAAGAGAUAACGAGAUUACGGAAUCAGGUGGAGCUAGGCCACCGCUUCUCACUGCUAGAGAGGGGAUUUAAUCCUGAAGGGUCCAGUAUGUCAGCGGACGAGAUUUCUCAAAGCUUCCAGGCUUUGUUUCAACGUAUUCGAGAUACAUGUUGGGAUGUCGCCAGAGACAGUAACAUUGAGUUUCAGUCUGACGUUGAGGACAGCGAAGUGAUCAAUUCCUGGUCACGCAAGACGUUCAAGAGUGAAUUAGGCGUAUGGCUUCAAACACAGAUUGGAGGGUCCAUGACAACGGAAAACCUGCUUAUGGGAGUUGUGGGUGCAGCCAUCAUCGAACUCGCUUUUCAGCCCGCUUUCCCCAAGAUUUUAAGAAGGAAGCCAAGGAUUGUGAAUAAAUACCGAGAAAUCAUUCUGUGCUGGGGAGGAUCAACAUCUCUGCGAAACGCGGAUUUUCUCAUGUUCUCUCAGCUUAUCGAAGAUGAAAAGGGAGAAAUUAUCGACAAAGGCACAAAAGAAAUUGCGGAUCGCAUCGUCAAAGGACUGCAACAGCAACAGCGACUGCAACAGCCAGGAGGGACCCAAAAGGACGACCAACUAAUGUAUAAGCCUGUCGAAGCCUCAGACUUCAUGUCUGUACUUGAAAAGGCUCUAACUCUAAAGCUCGAUUUGACUGCAAGCAUGUCACGACUAAAGUUCAUUUAUUUCACGCCGGAGGAGCAUUUCGACGACUUGUACAUGACGAGAUGUAGAGGCUCCGACCAUGGUACCUUCAAAAUCAAGGCCUGCAUAUUUCCUGCUUUGUUCUUGGAACCACGCAGAGAUGAAGCGGACGACUCGGGAGAUUAUGUUCUUCAGCACAGCGCUGACUACAACACGUAUUUUACCGAGCUUGUGGGCGAGAUUCUGUCUCCGUCUGCAUUGGUGGCUAAAGCGAUGGUACUCACCUGA